AUAAGCGGGGGCGUUUCUAGCUUUUGAAAUUAAUUUUAUUAAAAUUUAUUAGUUUCUUCAACCUAUUGAGAAGCGCAGUUAUAUUUAAUUGUGUAUUUAUAGUUACUUCAUUGGCUGGUCAUAUGGAUAAUGCUAGAAUGGGGCCCCUAGUACAGUUAUUAUUUGGAAACGUCAAUAAACUUUUACUUUUACGAAUUCAAAUGAAUAAGUAAGAAAGAAGAAGACAUUGAUUUUUUUCAAAUAAAGUGUUUUGCUGUGCUAUAAUGUACUUUGAGUUCGUUACCAAGGAUGGAUACUUGACUAAGAAUGACAAAACGACUCCUGAUGAGUACAUUGGAGAUUCAAAAGAGAAAGAUAUGUGUUCUAAAAAAGAUAAUGCAAUGGAAGAAAAUAUCAAACCACCAACUAGUCUAUAUCUACGCCUGGAAAUUGAUUUAGUCUGUGCAAGUCUACUAAUAGUUGCUUUAAUUACUAGAUUAUAUAAUUUAAAUGAACCAAAUUUUAUUGUCUUUGACGAGUUGCAUUAUGGCCGUUAUGUAUCUUUAUAUACAAAAGGAGUUUUCUUCUUUGAUGCCCACCCACCGCUGGGGAAGCAAUUACUCUUCUUGGCUGGUCGUAUUGCUGGAUAUGAUGGCAACUUCACUUUUGACAGAAUUGGAACACCAUACACUGAGAAUGUGCCAAUCAGGGCCUUAAGGUUAAUACCAGCAGUUGCGGGGAGUCUACUUGUAUCUGUGACAUAUCGACUUAUGUUAGAGUUAUCAUGUUACCAGUGGACUGCCAUACUAGCAGCACUCCUUGUUUUAUUUGAAAAUUGUUUCCUGGCACAGUCUAGAUUUAUGCUACUGGAAAGCAUUCAAAUAUUGUUUGGUCUGUGUGGGCUUUUGUGUGUUAUAAAGAGUACCCGCAAAACUGAUGCUGCUAGUGUGAUUUGGCUUUGUAUUGGAGCUUUAUCUCUUGGAUGUUGUUUUUCAGUGAAAUAUUCAGGCGUCUACACAUAUUUUUUGGCACUUUUUUUAGUCGGCCGACAAGUAUGGCGCCAGAUGAGUAUACCGAAGUCCGGUUUAUUCUUAAUUCUAUCGAGUUUGUGGCGUUUGGCGAUACUAUUUGUUUUACCGCUGUCUGUAUAUGUCGGAGUAUUUUAUGCACACUUGACCAUGCUGCCUAAAGCAGGUCCCCAUGAUAGCGUGAUGACGAGCGCAUUCCAGGCAUCUUUACAAGGUGGUCUCGCUAGUAUCACACGAGGCCAACCUCUUCAUGUGGCACAUGGAUCUCAAAUUACGUUAAGGCACACCCACGGACGGACAUGUUGGCUACAUUCACACGCGCACGUGUACCCGGUUCGGUAUACGGAUGGGCGCGGAUCGUCGCACCAACAGCAAGUGACGUGCUAUAGCUUCAAAGAUGUGAAUAACUGGUGGAUAGUGAAGCGGCCUGACCAGGUCUCGUUGUCCGUAGCGCAUCCACCAGACGCCGUACGUCACGGCGACGUGGUGCAACUGCUACACGGCAUCACUAGUCGGGCACUCAACUCGCACGAUGUCGCCGCUCCAGUAUCGCCGCAGUCACAGGAAGUAUCUUGCUACAUCGAUUACAACGUGUCGAUGCCAGCCCAGAACCUUUGGCGAGUCGACAUUGUGAAUAGAGACAGCGAAGACGCCACAUGGGACAGCAUUCGCUCCAUGGUCCGACUUGUGCACGUCGACUCGGGAUCAGCCCUAAAGUUCAGUGGACGGCAGCUCCCGUCUUGGGGCUUUCACCAACAUGAAGUUGUUGCCGAUAAAAUCCUGACUCAUCAAGACACUGUUUGGAACGUCGAAGAACAUCGUUACACUAAAGCUGAAGAUCGAAGGGAAAGAGAACGUGAAAUUGUCACAGCUGAAAUGAUUCCUACGACGGUAACUCAAUUGACGUUCUGGGAGAAAUUUGCAGAGUUACAGUACAAAAUGAUAACGCACGCGCCGGACGCGCCCCACGGCCACAUGUUCGCCAGUGAGCCGGCGGAAUGGCCUUUGCUAGUUCGCUCUAUAGCUUACUGGCUAUCACCGAACUCGAAUGCACAAAUACACUUGAUUGGAAAUCUAGUGACAUGGUACACUGGCACAGUCUCAGUGUUUUUGUUCAGCAGUCUGCUUAUCGUAUACGCUUUACGUCAGAGGCGUGCUUGUCUAGAUCUACCACCAAAAGCCUCACAGAAAUUCUAUGACGCAGCAUACAUUCUGUUUCUGGGUUACUGGCUGCAUUAUCUUCCAUACUUCUUUAUUGACCGCACACUAUUCCUACAUCACUAUUUACCAGCUUACAUAUUCAAAAUACUUCUGUUGGCCUUUGUUGCAGAUCAUAUUUAUUAUAUAUUACAGUUAAGUAAGAAAUCACGCCCACUCACUAACUUAUUUAUCAUAAGCAUUUGUAUUUGGAUGGCUUAUGUUGUCCUUACUUUUAAGAAAUUCAGUGUUCUCAAUUAUGGUACAACAGACUUGACUGAAAAUGACCUUAUGAAUCUCAGAUGGAAGGAUACUUGGGAUUUUAUUCUUCAUAAAAAAGGCUAAGAAUCUUUUUAAUGAGGUAUCAGUUCUAUUAGAUGCAAGAAUGCUGUAUGAAACAUAUCAUAAGAAGACAAUUAGCUCUCUGAUCCUUACUGAAAUCGCCAUUUUAGUGAUCUUGUCAUUUAUUAAUGUAUUAUUUAUACUCUAAAGCACUUUAACUGAAAAGACUCAUUUUGUAAAAUAUUAUGCUCAGCUAGCACAAUACAUACAAGAGCAGUACUCUGACUUCAUACUAGCGCCCGAAUCGACACACGCACACAGACAAAAGUCAUUUAAACGGCCGCUAACCAAUCUUGACAAGACAAAUCUACGCAGUGCAACGUCGCGCGCCGCCGCCGCCGCCGCCGAGAUUGGUCAUUGGCAGAGUUAAGUUAACUGCGCCGCGCUGCCCCCGCCGUCUGAUUCCGUAACGUGGCAAUAGUAACUAUUCACAUACAAUAAAAAUCUACACAAAUAUGUUUUACAUUUUGUAGGUACCAACCCUAGCGCUCCGCUCAGUCGUAGGUAUCUAUUUCAAGAAAACGGCUGAGUUACGCUACUGCUCUUGUAAGUAUUGUGCAGCUAGUUUUAUAGUUAAUGUAAAUUAUUAUUAUAAAAUAUUUUUUUAUAUCUUCUACACUUUUACAAUUCCGUCCAUUAAUGUUUCUACCUGAUUUAUAAUAAAUAAAAGAAAUUAUAUAAAAAAACGUUUUUUAUUUUUAUUGAGUUAUAAACAAUGGCUAGCGGCUUGAUGUUGGUUCCACUUCCAUAGGCUGCACUGGAUGUACUGCAACUGACUCAACUUCAAGGGGGAUGACCCGCUGUUUUAACACAGCAGUAGUACCAAGGGCAUAUCUGUAAGAACCUUGUUUUUUUCCCUGAAAGAUAAAAAAAGUCUGGUUAAAAUCUAUCAAGAGUAAGGUUUAUUGAGGUGUGAACUAUUGAGUGGCGUGCAAUAGGAGAGGCCUAUGUCCAGCAGUGGACUAGGAUAGGCUGUUGAUGAUGAUGAUGAACUAUCAAGAACAAAUAAUAUAAAAUGAAAUGGCAGCCCAUCCUGGGAGAGUAUAUGAAGUUUACAAUUUAUUUUAAAUUUAGCGCUCAGGUUUAGAGUAUAGAAUAUAUAGGUGUGAUUCAUUGGAAACGUUGGCUUCACACAUGCAACAUUAGGAUGAUUUUUUCCAAUGAAAGUUCUUGAAAUCUAUUUAAAAAUAGGGAACAUCAAAUUUUGUAUGGCUAUGGCAUUAGUAUGCAGAGAAGUUUAUACUAGAGUAUAUCUCAUGGUUCCAUGUUCUACCAACAGCCUCUACAGCAAUGAGGAAUAGUUUUAAAGCCAUAAUUUAAUAGAUCAUAUAACUUUUAAAAUUAUGUCAAUCUGACUGCAACUAAUAAACCAUACCUUCACAUUAGCCUCCUCAUAAGUUCUCAAAUAUUGAGCAGGGCCAGAAUUACGAAUAACACAUAAGUCCACAUUAGAGCCAGAGCCCAGAUCAUUGAAGAUACCAGCUGCAAUGGCAUCACGAACAAGUUUUUUUCCUUCUUCCUCAGUCAUAUUAGGUUUCCAUCCGGAUUCAAAUACAGCCAUAGCAGCCAGUGAACCAGAACCUGGAAACAUAUGGCAGUUUGUCAACAGAUCCAUGGGGGUAGAUACAAUAAAUGUGUGGACCAGUUCUAUCAACUCCACCCAACACUAAAGCAGCUCCAAUAUGACCUUGAUAGCGGAACAACAUGCGCUUAAGCAGUGUGGCAGCAGUCUCUACAGGUACUGUACGUCCAGUAUGAAGACGUUGCAGCUCCAGCUGAGAUGCCACAGUUUGGGUUGUCAUUUCUGUAUCGGCUGCAGUACCAGCACCGCAGCAGUACAUGUUACCGGCUAAGUAAUGAAUCUUUUGGCAAUUUUUAUCCGACACGACAGUGUUUUCGGUAGCUCUGGUAUCGGCUCCUAAGAUAACACCAUCAGCAUAAAUUAUGCCCACAAUUGUAGUGCCAGUUUUUGUAGCUUUAGGUGCGGGAAAUCCUUUUUGUGCAAGGAAUGCAUU